UCAUCUCAUCGGCAAAAGUGCAUAAAGCGUGUGUGGCAUCGGCGCAGUUCAGACUUAAGACUUGUUAGCCUAAAAAUUGAAAGUUUCUGCGUGUGCCGGUCGCCAUCACCCACCAAUCGUCGGCCAUACUUCUCUCUGUACUGUAAUUUUGUCCUCAACCUGCCCUGCCUAUUAUAUAUAUAUAUAUACAUAUAGUAUACCUACAUUAAAUACAUUACCUUUGGAAAGUUUUUGUUAUUCAUUGUAAUCUUGAAAAAUUUCCAAUGUGAUCUUUGAUUUUUCUACACACGUUUUUAGUUACUUCAUUGACACACACCCACCAUCCCACCACCAGCAUUGCUUAAGAAUUAUAAAGGAGCACACAUCACCUUUUUAAAUUUAAGACGAAGCAGUAUGAUAUGAAAAAGAGACACUGCAAAAAAUCACAAGAUGAAACCAUUUUUCUUAGUAUUUAUCUUAUUUUUACCGCAAUUAUGCAUUGCUUUCAAUUCAACAGAAGAUGACCUAGUAUUUGUCGACGAUGGUGACGAAUUGUCAUCGUUAACUAAAUCUGAUUCUGUUGAGGUUCAGCAUGAAGAUUAUUAUCGAGAGCAGCGACAUAAAGAUCAACGACAUUGGGAGAAUAAUUUGCCUAGUAAAAAAAAGUUUAAUAAAAUAGGCGAGGGACUUAAUAGAAAUGUCUCAGUUGGACAUGUUUUUAAAUUGAAAUUUGUAAAGCAUGCCUUUGGACAAUCUAUUCAACGAUAUGAGGUACACAUCAAAGGUAAUGGUAAAGGUUUUCCUUCAUCUUAUUGGCUUUACUGGGAUGAAUUCACAAAUACCUUAUUAGGUGUACCAUCUAAAAAAGAUAUCGGAAAGUACACUGUAAUUGUUAAAGCUUUAGGCAAAAACAAAAAAAUUAUUGAAAAAUUUAACUUUAUUGUGACAGUUGUUAUGCAAAGUAAUGAAUAUAAAUUGACAAGAUUCAAGAAUGAGAAAAAACAUUGCAAAGAUGACCAGUUUCAAUCGACAAUUUUAUUAAAUGUAAAGUUUGAAAACUUGAAUGGUAAAGUUAAAGUAGAAACUUUGGAAAAACUUGCUGAAUUUUUGGAUUUUAACACGAAUUCACUGUCAAUGCAACCGUUAAUGUAUGGAGAGAAACAUCAAACUGCUAUUCAAUGGCUUUCUGGAUGCGAUGAACGCUUUUGGAAAAAUCAAGAAGAAUUAAUGUAUCAAUCGCCUGAGCAAAUAAAGAUUCUCUCUAAAGUGUUGCAAUUGCCAGUUAUUCCUUGGCAAAAGAAGAUUGAUACUUCAAAAUCAUUUGAAAGAAAUCGUAGAGAUACAGGUUCAGGUGAUUCCUUAAAUGGCCAGGAAUACGACGGAUACGACGAUGAUAAUGAAAAUUAUGACGAUGACUAUGAUGAAGACGAAGACGAAGAUAGUAAUAAAGAAACAGUAACUGAAAACAAUGUAAACGUACAUUCGCCGCCUCACGUGUCUAGUUCGACAAGACUCAAUACCGAGGUGGAAUCUGAGCAUCCGCAUAGGCAUCACCACGGAGAAGAGACAAUAGAUUUAAAGCAAAUUGAAGAAAUUGAUGAGCACGACAUUGUGCCGAUACUCGAUCAUGGAGCAGCAUCUGGUUCUAACAAUAAUUCAUCUAGCACUACCACUUCUACCAUAGCUACCAUAACCUCUACUACUGAUCAUCCUUCUCCUUUUCCUCCAUCUACUUCUUCUUAUUCUUCUUCUUCUAUUGCAAGCACUACGCAAACGUUGUUAACUGAAACUGCGACAACGAGGAAUAUUAAGCCAGUAACAACAACAACAACAACAACAACAACAAAUCCAUCAGCAUCUACUUCUAAUGUAACCGAGUCAGUUACUUCUACAACCAUAGUUUCUGAUACCACAUUUAGUACAUUUGUUUCUUUGCCAACAAUGACUAUAAAUACUACAACUACUACUACUACUACUGAUGAUUUCACGGAAAAAUUGAAACAAACUGAAGAUGAUGCAGACACAAUUGUACCAAUUGAUUUGAAUGAAAACUCAACAACUUUGUCUUCUAUAUCGAAUCAAAAUACAAUGGAUAAAACAAUUGGAAAGGAGCAGCAGCAUCAUAAAACCACCGAGUCGUUUAUAAUAACUUCUAACGAGCCCACAGAUGAAACUACAAUUUAUUCAACACGAGAAGAUUCAACAACAGAAUCAACUGUUAAUUUCUCUAUUUCCAAUGUAUCAAUAAGUACAACAGUUGGUGAUAUAACCAGUACAAGACCUUGGAAAUCAUUGGAAAUAUCGAGUUCCACUGCUGAUCCUACUACAACAACUGUAAAAUUAGCUCCCACCACCACAAGUACAACUACAACUACAACUACAAUGAGCAAUUUACCGCCAGUUUUGUUGAGGAGAAUACAAAAAAUACCAAUCCUUGCUGGAAAAUCUAAAAUCCAAAUUAUAGCAAACGAUACGUUCCGUGAUGAUGUUGAUGGGUACACUAGGAAUUUACAUCUGUCUCUUUCUCCUAAAUUUGACUGGAUUGAAUUAAACAAUGAAACUCAGGAGCUUUAUAUGAUCCCUCUGAUGAAGGAUAUUUCAAGGCAUGUCUUUAAAUUGACGGCUACAAAUAGUAGAGGUCAGAGUAUUUCUGAAGAUUUUGAAGUUUAUGUUCAACAACCGUCAAAGAGAGUUCAAUUUGAAUUCCAUUUAUAUUUGGAUAUUCUUCAUCGUCAUGCAUUUUCCAGUGAUGUUGAUUGGAAGUUUAAGGUAAUUGAGAAUCUCUUUAAACUUUUCCAAGACAACAAUUAUUCGCACAUUACUUUUACUGAUAUCCACAUGGAAAAUAAUCAUCGAGCUAUUUUAUCAUGGACUAAUGACACUCUCUCGAAUUUCUCAGAAUGUCCUGCAGAGAGAAUAGAAGAAAUUCUUCAUGUUCUUGUAGAUAAAAAUGGGAAUCCAAGCUUGCGUUUAAAGAAUAUUUUUUUGCCAUCAAUUAAUGUGACAAAUAUUCUUAAUCGACCUAGUGAUCACAGUCAGUGUAGCAAUGAAAUAAUAAAAUAUGCAAAAUCAGAUUUUACAACUGAAACUUCUGUAGCAAAUUACAAUCCUAUUUUACGUAAUCAAAUUGACCGUUUAAAUUGCACUCUUGGUCAGUUGUUUGUUUUUAAAGUACCUGAGGAUACAUUUUUUGAUAAAAAAGAUGGUUCAACUCGUAAAUUGAAUUUAUCCCUUCGAAAUUCUGAUGGAUCAGAAAUUUCUCCCGAUGAAUGGUUACAAUUUGAUAGUAAAAAUCAAGAAUUUUAUGGUGUACCAAUGAAAGGUGACGUCAAGUCGAAAAUUUACCAUUUAGAGGCUAGAGAUAAAGAAGGUUUAGCAGCUAGAGACAGUUUAAAAGUCCACGUAUCCAUACCAUCUCCAAAGGAAUAUAGUGUAGAAUUUUCAAUGUUUUUGGAAAUUCCUUUUGAAGAUUUUGCAAAAUCAGCAAAAAGAAAACGUUUAUUCAUUGAGAAAGUAUGUGAAUUAUUUGGAGAUAGCGACACAAGCGCCGUUUCCUUGGAAAGUAUUACCACAGGCAGUACUGUAGUAACGUGGCGAAAUACAACAUUACCCACAAGAAAUUGUCCUAAUGAAGAAAUUGAUAAACUUCGCAAGGUUGUGGUGAAAGAGGACAAAACUUUAACGGAUCGUGUUGAUAAUAUUAUGGGGAGCGGUUUUUUCCCCGUGAAGCAGAUAAGUUUGACUCCUUUAGGCAGCUGUUUAGGAGAAUUGACUGGUAUUCAUAGACCUGACAGCGUUAUUCCACCUUUCGACGAUUCAAGAACAGUGGGAGCAACUAACGACGAAUACCUUAUUACAUUCGUUCUUCCAGCAAUUAUUAUUUUGACAAUGCUUAUAUUAGCUGGCAUUAUAGCCUGCAUAUUUUAUAAGAGAAGACGUAGUGGAAAAAUGAGUGUCAGUGAGCAAGAUGAUGAGAGACAGUCCUUUAGAAAUAAAGGAAUUCCAGUUAUAUUUCAGGAUGAAUUGGACGAAAAGCCAGAUCCAGGUAAUAAAUCACCGAUAAUUUUGAAAGAAGAAAAGCCACCUCUUCCUCCUCCUGAUUAUCAAAAGUCGGAAGACGGCGCAGACGUACCAAUGUUACCAAAGGAAAAUUCUGAAGAACCAUAUCAACCUCCACCACCAUUUGCUACCAAUCGUGACAAUAAUCGUCAAAAUCGACCAAAGCCUACGCCUACCUACAGAAAGCCUCCCCCCUAUGUCCCCCCCUAACGAAAUUCAUUAAAUUCACAUAAGCCAGCUAUGUUUGAAUAGCAAUUCCCUGCGUCCGAGAAAAGGGAUAUUAUACUAAAAAAAUCAUACAGUCGAUUUAAUAUUAAUUAUGAUUACCAUCAUCAGUAAUUGAUGAUGAUGCAUUAAUUGUUUUUUCGAUAUUCAUUCAUUAAUAUUAACCCGCAUUCUUUUGUUUUUGUUUUUGUAUUUACGUACCUACGUUAUACCGACACGCGCAGAAAUCACACGUUGCCUUUUGCAAUGAAUUUUAUAAUCUAUGCUAUUAAUAUUGUAAAUUCAGAUAUUUUACCCUGGCAUUCUACUUAUGGAUUUUUCAUUUCUGCUUUAUUUACUAGAAAUAUUCUGAUUACGCUCAUUACUACGCAGUGAAUUGCCGUGCAGUAAAUGUAUAGUGCCAUUUAUAAUUAUACAAUACUUUCGGCAGUAUUGUACUUAUAUUAUAUUUUCUCUUUUAUUGUAAUAUCAAAAAGAAAAAUCUAUGUGGAAAGGAACAAGAUAAUCAAGUAUUUCAAACUAUUUUAUUAUUCAAUACAAUAAUUGAUUGAAAAAUUUUUCUUUUUUUAGUGCAAUAUAUUUUUUAAUGUUGCAAUGGGGUUGUUGAUUUUAUAUACAUAUAAUUAUACAUUUCGAUAAAAAUGAAAAAAAAAAAAAAACCUAAAGAAAAAGCGUCAACAAUGUUUUUUUAACUGUUAAUUUUCAAUCACAUAGAAUCCAAGUCUUAAAAAGAAUAAUAAAAUCAUACAAAUCACUGCCAAAAAUAAAAAGACUUGAAAAAUACAUUACAAAUUAUUCGCAAUGAACGUCAAUCAUAUUUCAGGAUAUUAUAGAGAAAUCUAUCAAUUCACUAAUCAUUUGUUAAAUUAAAAAAUUGUACAAAUUUUUGUUGCGGACAAAUGAAGAGUUUAUUUUUCAGCAAGAGCUGAAUUAUUUAACUUGAUCUUUUUAGAAAAUUGUUUAGGAAAAAUGUUUGUGUAAUUUAUAAAAUCUUGCAGACAUUGUGUUUAUAGUGAGAAUUUAUUUUCAAUCAAGUGUAAUAGGGCAAAUAAUGAAUAAUUUGUAAUAAUAAUAUGCUGCAAUAAUUAUUGUUCUAAACAAAUAAUGAAAUGCAGUGAAUUGGAUAAUAAAAAUUUAUUUAAUAAUAAUUCAAGGUACAUUAGAAUUUUGUUUCUUAAAAUCAAUCAUAAAAAUGACAUUUCAUUUUCCCUGAUUGUACUAAUGAUUGAGAAUAUAUUCUCAUUUACUUUGAUGAAUUAGAAAUACAUGUCAUAUAGGAACAAUAUUGAAUUUUAUUUUAAAGUGCGUCUAUGUAUAUAAUAUAUUUACAAAUGUCGACCACUUAUUUUUCAAAAUUCUUUGUUUACACGCGCAUUUACGUUUUCAACUAAUUAAUGGCAUAGUAUAAUUGGAAGCAUAUAUGCAAUUUAUAUAUACACACACACAUAUAUAUAUAUAAUAAAUUUUUAAAGACUGUCAAUGCGAGGGUGACAUGUACCGCGUGGUAUAUAAUACACCGCUAGUAUUUUAAUAAUUUUGUCAAUCAAUGCUUCCAUUGAUUAAUUUUAAGCUGUAUAAUUAAUUGGGACGAUAUUUAAAGGCCAAAGCGACACUGAUGUGCUAAUCUCUACUAAUGUAAACAAUAUCGUCCUGAACAAUUUUGAUAGUUGUUAAAUAUUUUUACUUUAUUUAAAUAAUGUUUAAUGUAAACAAAUUUUAACGACAAUAAUUUCACCCUAAAAUAUAGAUUACAAGAAAGAAAAAGGAAUUAUUUUUUAUAAUGAAUGAAAACUUUUGAUAUACGGGGACGAUUUUGUAAACAUUGUUUAGAUUAAUAACACAGUGUGAUUUACACUAUUGAGAUCUAUUUAGAUGUUAAGCAUAUUUGCAUAAAACAUAACAUUACAUGAAAAAUAUCGUUUAUUUUAUAAUAAUUAUUAUAAAGAAAAACAAUUACCCAAAAAUAAUUUUUCUUAUGAGUCUAUACAUUGAAAAACUAGGGAAAUUUUUUAAAAAUUUUAAAUAAAAACCAACUUUUUGUCAUCAAAAAUGCUUAAGAAAAAAAUUUUAUUUAUUUAAAGCUUUUAAAGAAGAGAGAUAAUGCUGAAGAUAUAAAGAAUAGGUAUAUUUGUUUAUAAUUAUUGAAAAAUAAUUUUCUUUUUUAAAUCUAAAUUUUCUAAAUGCAUCAACACAUUUUCUUCGUGUAGUAAAAAAGCAGAAAUAUGAAAGAAGAAAAAACUGGAAAAAAAAAUGUUU